AUGUUACAAACUUCAAUCAAAAAGAUACAUGGGAAAUUGAAAGGGUCAAACUUAAAUACUGCAGAAGUUAUUGUAAACAGUUUUAAAAGAGCUGAACAAGUUUUGGAGCUCAAUUCUUUUAUUAGUAUGAAUAAUAAUGCCGGUUUACAAGUUGAAAGUUCCAAUGAAUAUUUCAAAAAUGGAAAACCAAGAUCUUUAUUAGAAGGUAUUCCUAUUGCAGUGAAAGACAAUUUCUGUGUAAAAGACACACUAACUACUUGUGGUUCUAAAAUGCUACAAAAUUUUAGGCCCAAAUAUACUGCGACUGUUGUUCAAAAAUUAUUAGAUUCUGGUGCUAUUUUGGUAGGAAAAACAAAUAUGGAUGAAUUUGCUAUGGGUUCUGGUACAACCACUUCAAUUUUUGGCCCAACUAAAAAUAUUUGGGGUUCUAGGUUUUCAAAUUUAUGUAUUCAAGAAAAAAAUGAUUGGUUUAUUCCUGGAGGUAGUUCUGGAGGAAGCGCUGUUGCAGUAGCCAGCGGAAUAUGCUUAGGUGCUUUGGGUUCAGAUACAGGAGGAUCUUGUAGAAAUCCUGCUUCAUAUUGUGGCAUUGUUGGAUUAAAACCUACUUAUGGGUUACUUUCAAGGUAUGGAUUGAUUCCUUUGGUUAAUUCAAUGGAUGUUCCUGCAAUUAUGGCACUUAAUGUCGAAGAUACAGCCUGUUUAUUAGGUAUCAUGAUGGGUAGAGAUGAAAAUGACUCUACUACUGUAUCGAAAAAUUUAAAUUUAGCCCUAAAUUAUUCAUCAUCAUCGGUAAAAGGUUUGAAAAUUGGAAUUCCUGCAGAAUACAAUUGUCAAGGUCUAAGUGAUGAAAUACGUUCAGCAUGGAACGAUAUUGCAAAAGUUUUAUACCAGGGUGGUGCAUCUAUUGUACCUGUAUCAAUGCCUCAUACGAAAUAUUCAAUUGUCUGCUAUUCGAUACUUAAUCAGUGUGAGGUUGCUAGUAAUAUGGCUAGAUAUGAUGGAAUCGAAUUUGGUCUCAGGUCAAAAGAAAAGGGUAACAGAAAAAAUUCAUAUGUUACCACUAGAUAUUCUGGAUUUAAUGAAGUUGUUCGUAGUAGAAUAAUAGCAGGAAAUUUUUUCUUAUUGUCUAGCAAUUCGAAUAAAUAUUAUGAAAAAGCUUUAAAAGUUAGAAGACUCAUUGCUGAUGAUUUUAAUAACGCUUGGAGAAAAGGUAUAAAUAUUUUGCUAACGCCUACCACAUUAACAGAUGCUCCUAAAUAUUCGGAAUAUAUUAAAAAGGAUGAAAGAGAACAGUCAGCAAUACAAGAUUAUUGCACUCAACCAGCUAAUAUGGCAGGUUGUCCCGCGAUAUCCAUCCCUAUUGAAUUGUCAAAAAAAGGUUUUCCAAUAAGUUUACAAUUAAUGGCCCCCAAAUUUGAAGAAAAGACUUUACUAGGAUGCGCUUUAUAUAUAGAAAAUGCUGUUAAUUUUAAAAAUAUGAAUGAACAAUGA